UUCGAUAAAUAUGUUAUCGAUAUUUGAUUCAGAAGUUAGCACAGCUCUACUUCAGCAAAGAAAGUUGUGAUUUGCGAGGAAUUUAGACAGCGCACGUAAAUCGAACAAUCUCCACAGCUCACUUCCUCCAUCAAAGUCUAGAAGACCACGAGUAAAAAAGAAACAGAGUGCUUAGCAGGAUGGCUCAGGAAGGUCAGGAUAUCCCCACAUUUAAAUGCGUGCUCGUCGGCGAUGGCGGUACUGGAAAGACGACCUUCGUCAAGCGCCACAUGACCGGUGAGUUCGAGAAGAAGUACGUGGCCACACUGGGCGUGGAGGUGCAUCCGCUGAUUUUCCACACCAAUCGUGGCGCCAUCCGUUUCAACGUGUGGGAUACUGCUGGCCAGGAGAAGUUUGGAGGACUGCGCGAUGGUUACUAUAUCCAGGGUCAAUGCGCCGUCAUCAUGUUCGAUGUUACCUCUCGUGUCACCUACAAGAACGUUCCCAACUGGCAUCGCGAUCUUGUCCGCGUCUGCGAGAACAUCCCGAUCGUCCUCUGUGGCAACAAAGUCGACAUCAAGGACCGCAAAGUGAAAGCGAAGACCAUCGUCUUUCACCGAAAGAAGAACUUGCAGUAUUACGACAUUUCUGCCAAAUCGAACUACAACUUCGAGAAACCAUUCCUUUGGCUGGCGCGCAAGCUGGUUGGUGACCCCAACCUGGAGUUCGUCGCCAUGCCAGCCCUGCUGCCGCCCGAGGUCAAGAUGGACAAGGAUUGGCAGGCGCAGAUCGAGCGGGACUUGCAGGAGGCCCAGGCGACCGCCCUGCCCGACGAGGAUGAAGAUCUAUAAGCCUAUUUAUAGUUAACUGAGAAAGAUGGCCGGCUUAGCACACAACAUACACCACACACAUACAAACACACGAGAAUCAGGGCAACAGGAUAAUAGGCGAACAGGAAGAUGAACCGGAUCAGGAGCAGGCACCAGCAACAACAUCUACUGAAUAGGAGCAACAACUCAGCAAUAAAACACAAUCUACAACAUUGGAGUGCCAGCAAACGAUCGAUCUUAACCAGCCAGCAAAGCCCUGCAAGAUCUGCCAGCCCUUCUGCCGUCGAUCGUAACAUAUUUUUAGAUCCACUCAUUGAUAAGUCGGUUAUAAAUGAUUUUUUUUUAUGAUUAUAUUGUUUGUUUCCAUUGCGUUUGCUUUUGGCAGAUACUGAGUAUGUCUUAUUGGUAGAAAAAACAAAACACAGAAAACUUACCCGAACGAAACCCAAGUCAAAUAAAAAAUCGAAACACGUAUUUUUUUAAAACUUGCAA